AUGAACUAUCGAAUUAGAAAAUUCAAUAACACAGGAGUCAAAGGUAGUAAUAUUAAGUAUGCCUACGCACAUAAUUUAACUCCUUAGGAGCUUCAAAAUAUAACAAAUAACUAUUUAGAUAUUAAAAAUAAUAAUGAUUCUCACAAAACCAAGAAUUAAAUUACCAAAAAUUAGAAGUAGACUUUAUAAAAUGAUUAGCAUUUUGGAUAUCCAGAUACGAGUGUUUAUGUAAAAGCGAAGCUUGUCUCGAAAGAAGAUAAAAAGUUUGACAUGAUUAGAAACUCUUUACACAACUAAUUGAAGCUAUUUGAUUAAGAAAAGUAUAUGGAAAGCGAAUCUGAUUGUAUUUUUUCAAACAAAAAUAAAAAUAAUGAAAUUUAUGAUCGAUUACAACCAAAGAUUUUAGAAUGCUUAGAAAGUAAAAAGAAUUAUUCUCUUUUUCUUUUUGGAACUUCAAACACAGGAAAAAAUCAGGUAUUACUCAACAAACAGCUUCUUGAAUGUUAUGGAAAUCCCUAAUUGACAGCAGCAGUUAGAGAUUAGUAGGGAGGAAUAAUCUAAAGAGCUCUGAGUGAUAUAUGCACUCAUUUAAAGACUAUGAAUUAAGAUGACAAAGAGGUUAUGAUAUCAAUCAUAGGUUUCUACCAAGACAGGGUGAUUGACUUAUUAAACCUAGAUUAAAAUUUAGAAUCUAUUCAGAAAGAUAACCUAAAAAUUAAGACAGAAGAAAAUAUGGGAAUAAGUAUAGAAGAUUUAAUACAAAUGAGCAUAUGGUCAUUUUCAGAAUUUGUCUCUGUAUAUAGAAUAUAUUCAUUUAUGAAGAAAAUACUGAAAGAAUAAAUAGGAAUGCAGAUAAAAACUGUGGCUAUAUAAAUUAGUGUUGCUAAAGUGAGCUAAUAAAAAGAUUUUAUUGAGAAGAUAGAGCAAAAGUUUACAUUUGUAAAAAUGACAAAUUGUUAGCAAAAUCUAGAGAAUAUAAGUAAUUUAGGAUUUUGUAUGGAUAGCUUAAAAAAAAAUAGCAAUAGCAUACCCUUUAGAUAGAAAAAGCUUACAUUCUUUUUAAAAGACUGUUUAAAUGCUUAAUCUCAUGUUACACUUUUUCAAACUGUUUCAAAUUAAGAUUCUCUUAAAUCCUAAAUAUCAACCAUGUAAUUAGCCUCACAAUUUAAUAAAAAAUAAAUGAUUAAGAAAAAUUAUUUGAAUGACAAAGAAUUUUUAGAGCAACUUUAAAAAGAGGAUUAAACUAGUAGUAAAUAAAUAUAUCAAAGCAUGUAAGAAAAUUCUUUAAACAACUCAGUAAACCAUAUUUAAGAAUCUCACAGACUGAGCCAAUAAAAUAAGUAGAAUUUAAAUAGUUAGCUCAAAUAAGAUAGUACUAAUAUAUGA